UGACGACAUGUGCUAGGGAACAGCAAGGAGGCAGCAAAGCAUCCAAGCUACUAAUGCUGGGAUUGGAGGUCGGAAGCUGCUCUAUGGGGAGAGCAGGGCGCCUUUGCAUGGACUGAGCAGGAGUGUGCCUUGCCUCCCACCCUCCUUCCUUGUCUCCCCUCUCCUUCCCACCAAGGGGUUGCUUUUCAUGAGCCAAGCAGACCUCCAGGGGACGGAAAGCCUGGGUGCAGCAUGACAAGACAGACUGCAGGAAGCUGUGAGGGUUGCUGAAGAUGUCAGAGAGCCUGGACACUGAAGAGAAACCUCCAGCGCCUCCACUGAGAAUGAACAGCAACAACCGCGAUUCUUCUGCGCUGAACCACGGCUCCAAGCCUCUCCCGAUGGCUCCCGAAGAGAAGAACAAGAAGGCCCGGCUUCGCUCCAUCUUUCCAGGCGGAGACAAAACAAACAAGAAGAAAGAGAAGGAACGUCCCGAGAUCUCCCUCCCGUCGGACUUUGAACACACCAUCCAUGUGGGCUUUGAUGCGGUCACCGGGGAAUUCACCCCAGAUCUCUAUGGCUCACAGAUGUGCACAGGGAAGCUCCCAGAGGGCAUUCCUGAACAGUGGGCCCGGUUACUGCAAACCUCUAAUAUAACCAAACUGGAGCAGAAGAAGAAUCCGCAAGCUGUUUUGGAUGUCCUCAAGUUCUACGAUUCCAAAGAGACAGUAAACAACCAGAAAUACAUGAGCUUUACAUCAGGAGAUAAGAGCGCCCACGGAUAUAUUGCAGCCCAUACUUCGAGCACAAAAACAGCCUCGGAACCCCCACUCGCUCCCCCUGUUUCUGAAGAAGAGGAUGAGGAAGAUGAAGAAGAGGAUGAUGACAAUGAACCUCCGCCAGUUAUUGCCCCACGGCCAGAGCAUACAAAAUCAAUUUAUACCCGUUCUGUCAUUGAGCCUGUUACAGCUCCAGCCCCAGUAAAGGAGCCACCCACCCCGCAGCCUGAGAACUCCAACACAAACACUUUGUAUAGGAACACAGACCGGCAACGGAAAAAAUCCAAGAUGACAGAUGAAGAGAUUCUAGAGAAAUUAAGAAGCAUUGUGAGUGUCGGGGACCCAAAGAAGAAAUACACACGGUUUGAAAAAAUUGGCCAAGGGGCAUCGGGUACAGUGUAUACUGCAAUAGACAUUGCCACAGGGCAGGAGGUGGCUAUAAAACAAAUGAAUCUCCAACAGCAGCCCAAAAAGGAAUUAAUAAUUAAUGAAAUCUUGGUCAUGAGGGAAAAUAAGAAUUCGAACAUCGUGAACUAUUUAGAUAGCUACCUUGUCGGUGAUGAACUUUGGGUCGUCAUGGAGUAUUUGGCCGGGGGCUCGUUGACGGAUGUUGUUACAGAAACCUGCAUGGAUGAAGGACAAAUAGCUGCUGUCUGUAGGGAGUGCCUGCAAGCUCUAGAUUUCUUGCAUUCAAACCAAGUUAUCCAUCGAGACAUCAAGAGUGACAACAUUCUCCUUGGGAUGGAUGGAUCUGUUAAACUCACUGACUUUGGCUUCUGUGCCCAGAUUACGCCGGAGCAAAGUAAACGGAGCACAAUGGUCGGGACCCCGUACUGGAUGGCCCCCGAAGUCGUCACACGGAAAGCGUACGGCCCCAAAGUGGAUAUCUGGUCUUUAGGGAUCAUGGCAAUAGAAAUGGUGGAAGGAGAACCUCCGUAUCUGAAUGAAAAUCCUCUCAGGGCCUUGUAUUUGAUAGCCACAAAUGGGACGCCUGAACUCCAGAAUCCCGAGAGAUUAUCCGCUGUUUUCCGAGAUUUUUUGAAUCGCUGUCUUGAGAUGGAUGUUGACCGACGCGGUUCUGCAAAGGAACUUUUGCAGCAUCCAUUUUUAAAACUGGCCAAGCCACUCUCCAGUUUGACCCCGUUGAUCAUUGCAGCAAAGGAGGCGAUAAAGAACAGUAGUCGCUAGUGGCUUGAGUCGCCCAUAUUUACUCCUUCCUAGCAAGACUGCAUUUGGGGGGGAAACGACUCUAUCGAACCUCAGACUUUUUCUGCUGCUGGAUGGGAAGGCGAAGAACCAUCGUGGUCGCAGUUGACGGGGGACAGAGGUCACGGUCCUCGGCCCCUCCCUGCAGAAGAGAAAACUCUCCUUCCCUCUCUUAGACCCCUUAAUUUAUUUCUAAGGCGAACAGGAGCUUCGUGGACAGAGGCAGGACCGUAAGCUUCUUUUGUGCUGUCGGCCAUUUCUUGGGGACCGGGGAGCGACGGUGCCGCAUGAAGGCUCUCCGCACUCAUCCGGACAAGAGCGGCGGCCUCAAAGGCCCCCUCCUCUUCUGCGUCUUCCCCCACUCCUCUUUUGGCUUUGAAACUGAAGGGAGGUCCUCUUCCACUCCACUCAUUGGGACGGAUCCUAAACUGUUUGCGAGCAACUGGUCGGUUUGCUUGUCCUGAGAUGAGGAGGAUCCUGGGGAAGCCUGCUUUAUUUAACCAAAUAAUAAUGAUGAUGAUGAUGAUAAUUAAUAAACCAAGAAGCAGAUCAAUCACAGCAUCCUCUUUGGGGUGGGUGGGUAUUAUGCCUUGAAAUAUGAAAUAUGGAUAGCAUUUCAUUCCUGGGAAACCUAAGGAAGUUGUGCUAGGAAUUGGUGUUUCUAAGUUGGUGGGUUUUCCCUCCCCAAGAAGAAACAAAACUAGUAAUGUGAGAAUAUCAUUGUUCCAACUGGGCUCAUAUUGUCUUCAUAGCUAAUAUAGUAUGACCUCUCAUACUAUACUAACUAGAUCAGACAACAAUCCAUGAGAUUAGUCUUCAUGAUUUCACUUAUCUACAUCUGAAAAAAUAUGUUCUGUCUAGGCAUUUUCUAGGUCCUCCAGUAUGGUUCUGUGGUACAUUUUUGCCAGAAAAUGACCAUAGAUCCAUGUUGAAGGACCUAGAAAUGCUAAAGAUGCGGUCUCUUGGUCCUUCAUACAGUGUGUGGUAUGCGUUUCCCAGAGGAUGACAUAGAUUCAUGCUAGAAGACCUAGGAAUUCUAGAGAGCUGAUCUCUAGGAAUAUUCUAGGUCUUCUAGUGGGACUCUGUGAUACGUUUUUGCCAGAAGAUGACCUUAUAGUCAUGCUGGAGAACCAAGAAAUGCUAGAGAUGAUUUUGGCCUACAACUCCCAGCAAUCCCCAGCCAGUUUACCAGCUGUUAGGAUUUCUGGGAGUUGAAGGCCAAAAACAUCUGGGGACCCCAGAUUGAGAACCUCUGUUCUAGAUCCUUUCACAUGAAUCUAUGAUAGGCUUCCACUGGAAGCUGUCCUAAGGUUCUUUCCGGAAGACCUCAAAAUGCUAGAGAGUCCAACAUGAGUCCCUGGAGGACCUAAACAUCUAGGUCCUCCAGAGAGACUCCAUGGUAUGCUUCUGCUGGAAUGUGUUCAUUUCAAGAGGAUUCUCAAUUACCUGCAGUUUCAUGUUUCCACAAUAAGCCCAGAAAUGUCUUUUCUGCAGAUAUGGGGGUCGUUGUACAUUCACCAGUUUUGCCAAGUGCUCAUAUCCUUCCCAAAGUCCCACUGAACUAAAGUUGACCAGGAGUCUACGUCAUCCUCCAGGAUCUGGACUCACUGCACCCAGAUUCUUAAACAACUCACUUGUAGGAGAAACAGGACCUUUGCUUUCAUGGUAGUACCUAAACUCACUGAGCCAUAUCUGGUCAUGCCAUAAUCCAUACUGGUGUUGUCUUGAGAAAAUGGCCUCAUGGAUCUCCCGUGACUGGGUCUAGGAGAACACCAUCUUCAAGCCAUGGUCAUUGUGAUGGUGUUAGCUGAAUUCUUCUUCCUCCAUAGAAAAAAACUUGGCUGAGUAUCUGAAGUCAUCUCAAUAAACAGGGUUUGGGGAGGGUUGUAGUGGUUUGGAGCCUUACUCUGAGGAUUCCCAUCCGAUUGCUGUGUGUACUGAAAUAGGUAGGUUUGGUGCUCAUGAAAGUAACUCAAGGGGAAUUUGGAAAAUGCAGCAAUAUCUAAACCUGUUGUGGGGAUUUCUUGCCUAGGUUUGCUAUAAGCUGUGAUCCUGAAUGCAUACUGUUGAACCUGGAAUCUCUGAACUCUUUGUAUUGCUGAAACUGGGCCAUGACUGUGAAUAUCUGUUCAAGAAGCAAACAAGCUUUGAUUAAAUGAAUUUGCAUUGAUGUUUCUUCCGACAUGAGUUGGACAGAUCUGGUUCUCUUUUACUCUGUGGAAAUGGGCUGGCAUUGAAUGACAUCCAGCAAAAGAUGAGGGCGAUUUAAAUGUCUUUCCACACCAUUCUUGGUGCCUUUAAGAGCCGCUUAAUCUGUAGAUAUCAGUAAUUGAAAUAUAAAUCUUGGAAAGCUUUUCCUGACAUAUUAAGCAGCUCUUAAAGGCAGUGGAGCCAGUUUGUUUUGGACAGUUGAAGUUACUGUACUUUAGUUUCAAGAGCAAGAUGAAAUGAUAUGGAAGUGUGUGCAUCUGUGAGUGUAUAUUUGUGUGUGUGUUGACUGUUGGCCAUGAGCCCAGGAAGACGUAGCAAAGGAGGACAUUCACUUUCUAUAGAUAUUAACCAAUCAAUUUCAGAAACGAAAGAAACUUCUUCUUCCUUGAAGUCAAAUUUGCACAGUGUCACAUUCAACAUUUUGUGGUUAUUUUUUUGGUGUGUCUCUUUUCCACUUACGGAUGGCCGGCCGUUACCAUGUCACUUGAAUUGAGGAUCAGAUGUGGAUUUUAGUCUGAAUCCAUGGAGCUCAUUUUACUUUGGGAAAGCUCCUUUGAAGUUUGGAUUAAAAUCCAGGAUGGAUCUGACAUGGGAGCUGCUCUCACUGGUUGUCCUCCAAUGCUGCUCCUCACGUUGUAACUUUCUGAAUGUUUGUAUUGUCCUUAGUGGGCAUCCAAGAUCAUGUUCAUACAGGCCUUACUGAGUUUUUCUUUCUUUUGCCAUUGGAAGGCAGAGCUCUUUAAUAAACCAUGGGGCAAAUCUC